CCUCGCCCGCGGCGCCGAGCGAGGCUCUUCCGGGCAGCGCGGGGCCGGCGGCCGGGGAUUGUGUGACAGCGACACAGAUUCCAGGCCUGCAAGAGACAAGCCUCCCUGCUGCAAGAUCAUCAUUUCCAGGGGAGGAACACACCAAAUAAUUCCAAGAGCUUUUGAAGAUGGCAGCAGGUAUCCCAUUAGAUAUUAAUAUCAAGGAGCCUCGAUGGGAUCAAAGCACAUUUACUGGACGAGCCAAUCACUUCUUCACUGUAACAGACCCCAGGAAUAUUUUGUUAUCUGAUGCCAAACUGGAAAGUGCAAGAAAAAUUGUGCAUGAUUACAGACAAGGUAUCGUGGCACCUGGCUUGACAGAAGAUGAGUUGUGGAGAGCAAAAUACAUCUAUGAUUCAGCUUUCCACCCAGACACUGGGGAGAAGAUGUUCGUGAUCGGCCGAAUGUCCGCCCAGGUCCCCAUGAACAUGACCAUCACAGGCUGUAUGAUGACCUUUUACAGAACGACACCAGCAGUGCUUUUCUGGCAGUGGGUCAACCAGUCCUUCAAUGCUAUAGUAAAUUACACGAACAGGAGCGGGGAUGCCCCAAUCACUGUCAGGCAGCUGGGAACAGCCUAUGUUUCUGCCACCACAGGUGCUGUUGCAACAGCCUUAGGACUUAAUUUACUAGCAAAGCGCGUCUCACCUCUUAUAGGGAGGUUUGUUCCUUUUGCUGCUGUUGCUUCUGCCAACUGCAUCAAUAUUCCACUAAUGAGACAAAGGGAACUCCAGUUUGGAAUUCCUGUCACAGAUGAGGAUGGAAAAAGACUGGGUGAUUCAUCCAAAGCAGCUCAGCAGGCAAUCACCCAGGUGGUGAUAUCCAGGAUUCUGAUGGCUUCUCCUGGCAUGGCAAUUCCUCCCUUCAUAAUGAAUACCCUGGAAAAGAAAGCCUUUUUAAAGAGAUUUCCUUGGCUGAGCGCUCCCAUCCAGGUUGGAUUAGUUGGAAUGUGUCUCGUGUUUGCAACUCCCCUGUGUUGUGCACUGUUUCCUCAGAAAAGUUCAAUGUCGGUGUCACGCUUGGAGCCCGAUUUGCAAGCCAGGAUCAAAGAAAACAGCCCUGGCCUAGAACGUGUGUACUUCAAUAAAGGAUUAUAACUCAAGGAAGGCAAAGUAUUUUUCAAGGAAACACUUGUGAACUUAUUUUUUGAAUUGUGUGCCAACACAGACAAGAACACACCUUUAUCUUGUCCUUUUGUUAAACAAGUUUGAUCAUCUGCAUUAUUUUACAGUUAAAGACUUUCCUCAGUGUAGUGUUUAAAUUACAUAAGGCCACUUUGUCCACUUUGGUAUUGUUUAAAAGUUUAAACAUAUAUAUGCAGAGAUGUUUACAUAAGUUCUCAAGCAGCUACAAUAACAAUAAACAAGCGCACCAUGAAAA